AUGAAGGCCCGGUCCGCUGGUCGACCCCCGAAGAGUCCCACGUCCUUGCAACCAAUACUACCCACCACUCGUCUACCCCGCUCCGCAGCAUCGGUAAAGCCCUUGUCCCUUCAACGGCUCCGCGUUCUAUACGCAGACUUAAAGGCCCGCGAUGCCAAAUCCAAGUACCCCUGGCGUACCCUCAUCCUCGUUUUUCUUUCCUUUGUUCUGCUUUCCGUCGUCCAGUUUGUUUGCACCACAACCAUGGGUGCCAUGUCAAUCAAAGUCAACCUCCCGACCUAUUCUAUCUACCACAAGUACAACCAGAUCUUCUAUGAAGAUUCAGAUUUCGCCUACAUACCCGAAUCCAAGAUCUUCAUGACCACCACGUCCAAAGUAGGCUCCACGACCUUGUGGACCUGGCUGCACAAGGGCCUAUCUGGCAAGUCUAGCGAUAAAGAAUGCAAAGGCUCCCAAGUUACAAACUUUCAGGCUCCUUGUUGGCAGGGAAAAGUCCUUCAUCCACACAACAUGACCGACUUAGAGCGAUGGAAAAUCUUGAAUGACCCUGAAGUCCUGCGCAUCGCCAUAACCCGCAACCCAUUUGAAAGGAUUCUUUCGGCAUGGAAGUCCAAAGCCGCAUGCGAAAGCGAUGACUUUGGUACAGAUGUCAGAGAAAGAGACCGUCUCAUUCCCGGUAUGCUUCGCCAGGCCCAAAUGAGGAAAGGUGCAUCCUGUCUCAGUAUAACCAGCUUCGCUGAAGUAUUGGACAAGCUUCGAAGAAUGUCUGAACGGGAUGACUUCGACAUGACACUUUUGGACAAGCACUUUCGACCCCAAGAAUUUCAUUUUGAUAUCAUCAACUAUCAAUACAUCCUGGAUGUCAGUAUGUUGGACAAUGUGACCGCCUUGCAACCAAUUGUUAGGCGCAUGCCAUUUCCAGAGUUACUCACUGAAGGACCUACCAAGUUAAGCUCGUCACGACCGGCGUAUCAGACUCUUUCUGAACCCACAGCUGCCCUUCUAUACAAAUUCGCCAUUCUCACUGAGGGACUGCCGCAAGAAAUAAGAAUACCAUGA